AGCAUGAAGGGACUCAUCCUGACCCUGGCGCUCGCCCUUGUGGGUGGCCAGAAGCUGAACCUUGGGCCAGUUUUUCAUACUGGGAAUACCUACCUGUAUGGCUACAGGGGCUUCAUUUGGCACGGGCUGCCCAGCAAAGGCCUGGCCAUAGCAGGAGUGAAGCUGACCUGCAAUGUGGAGAUCAGCCGUGUGUCUCACAGUGACCACUUUCUCCAGGUUCGAUCACCGAGGUUGGAGGAAUACAAUGGAUUCUGGCCCGUGGACUCCUUCACUUCAUCUUCGAAGCUCACUGAGGCCAUUACUGCUUGCCUCAGCCAAGCCUUUAAGUUUGAAUACACUGAAGGAAGAGUUGGGAAUAUUUUCGCCCCUGAGGGCUGUCCCACCUUGUGCAUUAACCUUGUGAGAGGGAUCCUGAACGCGAUGCAGAUAACCAUCAAAAAGACGCAAAACGUAUAUGAAAUACAGGAGGCUGGGAUUGAAGGCAUCUGCCAAACCAGAUACGUUAUCCAGGAUGACAGCAGGAAUCACCACGCCGUCAUUUCCAAAAGCAAGGACCUGAUGAACUGCCAGGAGAAAGCAGUGAAGAACAUGGGGAUGGCGUACAUCCGGCCCUGCCCCACCUGCCCCCUGAGAGCCAGAAAUGUUAAGGGGACAGAGAUAUUCACUUACAAGAUGAAAUAUGAUGACAGCGGGGCCUUGAUGAUAUCUGCUAUGUCCAAGCAGGUGUACCAGAUCUCUCCUUUCAAUGAACCCGAUGGGGUAGCAAUCAUGGAGGCAAGACAAGAACUGUUUUUGAUCGAUGUUAAGAAGACUCCCAUCAGUGCACCAAAAAUUAAGCUACAAAACCAGGGGAGUCUUCGUUAUGAUUUCUCAGGAGAGCUACUGCAGAUGCCAGUUCCUCUAAUAAGGAUUAAAAAUCCAGAUUUGCAGUUAACAGAAACACUACAGCAAAUAGUUAAGAAUAAUAAGGAAGGAGCUGAUAAAGAAGCUUCAAUCAAGUUCUUACAAAUGGUCCAGCUUUUUCGUGUAGUGACCUUUGAGCAAAUUGAGUCUGUGUGGGUGAAGUUUGCCAGCGAGUUUCCCUACAGGCCCUGGUUCCUGAGCGCCAUCUGUGCUGCUGGAGCUACUGAUACGUUCAGAUUCCUGAAGCAAAAAAUUCACGAUGAGAAGCUGAACAUCUGGGAAGCAGCUGGGACUCUCCUGCUCGCCUUCCAUUUCGUUACACCCAACAAGCAGACCCUAGAAGUUGCCUCAAGUUUUCUGACCUGUCCCCAAAUCCAGAAAGCGCCACUGCAUCGAAUAAUUGUGUACCUGGGGUAUGGUAGCAUGGUAAAUAAACACUGUGCUCAGACUUCAGUUUGUCCAAAUGAACUUAUUCAGCCAAUCCACGACCUUGCUACCGAAGCCAUCAGCAAAGGCAAUGCCAAAGACAUGGCCUUGGCCCUGAAAGCCAUCGGCAAUGCGGGAGAGCUGGCCAGUAUCAAACGCAUCCUGAGGUUUUUGCCAACGUUCUCCCUGGCUGCAGCUUCAUUACCAAACAGAAUUCACGUUGAUGCCGUGUUGGCCUUGAGGAAAAUUGCCAGAAAAGACCCUAUAAAAGUAAAGCAAGUCUCCCUCCAAGUUUUUAUGGACAACAAACUUGCUCCUAAUGUCCGAAUGGUGGCCUGUAUUGUUCUCUUCGAAACUAAGCCUUCUCUUCCAACUAUAACAGCCCUGGCCAGCACACUGCUGACAGAGACCAGCUUACAAGUAGCCAGCUUCGCCUAUUCACACAUGAAGGCUUUGGCUGCAGGCAAGAUCCCACAGCUCUAUCACCUAUCUGCUGCUUGCAACCUUGUUGUUAAAAUACUAAGCCCCAAACUGAGCAGGCUGAGCUACCGUUACAGCAAGGUCCUGCACCUCGGCGGCUACUCCUCUGAAUAUCAGAUUGGUGGCAUUUGGAGGGUCUAUCUAAUGAACAGUCCCAGCACCAUGUUUCCAUCUGAUAUAAUCACAAAAGUAAGAGGAUAUUAUGCAAAUAGUGCAACUGAUAUUAUUGAGGUAGCCCUCCGGUCACAAGGUCUAACCGAGCUUCUCAGGAAGCAGAAUCUUCCCUUUGCUGAGUAUGAUACAUACAAGGCACUGAAAGAACUGGGUAAAAUGCUUCUGGGAUGGAAAGAACUGGCUCCCGAAGACCUUCUGGUGUCCACUUACAUCAAAGUUUUGGGCCAAGAGAUUGCUUUUGCUGACAUUGAUAAAGAGACCAUUCAGAAGACCAUGACGAGUCUAACUGGAUCAUCAGGCUGGCAGUCAGUGUUGAAAAAAGUGGUGCAGGACGCCCAGCAAGGCAUUUCAUGGCAAUGGACGCUGCCGGUGAUGGUGGGCGAGCUGCGGCACGUGAUCCCCACGGUGGUGGGCCUGUCGCUGGAGCUUGGCCUCAGCGCAGCCGCGCUGGCCCAGGCCGCGGCCCAAGUGGAUGUACAGAUAUCACCACCAUUAUCUGACAACUUUAAACCUUCAGAGUUGUUGGAGGCGAACAUCAAUAUUCAUGCUGACAUCAAGCCAAAGGCAUAUUUCCAUACGAUUGCAAUGAUGGGGAUUAACACACAAUACUUUCAGAGCGGUCUUGAAUUUCAUGCAGAGUUCAGUGCUAACACUGCAACCAAAUUUAAUGCCAGGAUGAAUAUAAAAGAGAAAAAUUUGACGGUUGAAAUUCCCCCCUGCCAUGAGGAGAUUGAGCUGGCAGCUGUGAGGAGUGAAGCUCAUGCUAUUUCAAGGAACAUGGAAGAGGCAGGUUCUGAAAAGAAAUCCCAGCUUAUCCCCAAAGAAGAACCAAGUACCAAUCAGCCAAUUCAUCCACCAGAAAGUUCUUCAAGACCUGAAAGUUGGACGCAAACUGAUAUUCCCGGUGUGAUACCCAAAGGAUACAAGCAAGGUUCAGAAGAGUCAAGGUACCACAGCAUAGAAGGAAAACUUUACACAUACCUCUUCUGUAGAAAAAUUGAGAGCUGGGAAUGUUCUGCUUGUCUCAGCCUAAAGUCACAAAGUUCUGAUCUGUUACCAAAAACCUACCUGAACAAACUAGCUGGAGAACUUGAAGCCAAAAUAGUUUUGAAGCCAGUUCACACAGAUGCUGUUAUUGACAAAAUCCAGCUGGAGAUUCAGGCAGGAUCCAAAGCAGCUUCCAAAAUAAUUGAUGUAGCAAGAUCAGGGUCUAAGGAAGAGGAUGGGACAUCUCCACAAGAGGACGUCCAAGCUAAGGUGAAGAAGAUCCUCAGCAUUAAAAGUGUGUUCCAGGUUGGAAAUAAAACACACCACCGUAGGAGACGGGUUCACAGAACAGAAAAGUCUUCAGUCACACACCUCUGGGCAGACCCCGGUGCAACCUCCCUCUCCAGCUCAUCCUCUUCUUCCACUGAGCACAAAAGUGGUGAAAUAAAGCAAUCUCAUGGCAGCAGCAGCAGCAGUGAUACGAGACGCAGCAGCACCAGCAUCAGCUUUGCUGUCAGUAAAAUCUGCAGCAGCAGCAAAGAAGACCACUCUGGAGACAGGAGCUGCAGUGGGUACACUGAAUAUUUCAAACAACAGGCAAAUCUACCUGUUUACCAGUUGCCGUUCAAACCAGCAAAUGAUCAGGACUCAGCAAAGGAAGUCCUGAACACCAGCAUCAGCUCCUCCUCUUCUUUAGCUAGUGACGAAGGCAUCUCUAGAGCUGUGUCUCAGCCUAAAUUCCUGGGAGACAGCAAGCAGCCAGUACUGGCUGCAGUCCUUCGAGCCAUCCACAAGAACAAGCCCCCAACGGGAUUACAGCUUGUGCUGUACACUGAGACACAACCUAAGAGAUCCAGGACACAGGUGUUUGCUUCAAGCAUCACAGGAUCAAGUAGAUGGAAGCUCUGUGCUGAUGCCUCAGUAAUAAAUUCCCAUAAAGUAAUGGGUUUGCUCAAAUGGGGUAAAGAUUGCCAGGACUACCAGAUUGCUACUCAGGCUACAACAGGGCAAUUUUCUGCUCAUCCAGCUAUGCAGAUGAAAAUGGAGUGGCCAAAAGUACCUUCAACAGUCCGAAGAGUUGCAAGAUGGUUCUACUCAUAUCUUCCAGGAACUGCAUAUAUGCUUGGGUACUCCCAAAGGCAGCAGCGUAGUCCCUCUCACCAAGCAACCUUGGUUAUGGCUCUGACAUCUCCAAGAACCUGUGAUGUGGUCCUCAAGCUGCCUGAGCUCACAAUUUACAACAGAGCCAUCAGACUUCCCCUGUCACUCCCUUCAAGCCCAGGUACAUGGAUCUCAACCGUAUCAUCGGCCAACGGGAAUUUCUUUUCCCAAGCAACACUUUCGAUCAUUGAAAACCUUAAAGCUCGUUGUUCAGUUUUCCAGAAUAAGAUCACAACCUUCAAUGGAGUUGAAUUCAACUAUUCAAUGCCUCAAAAUUGCAACCAUGUCUUGGUGCAGGACUGUAGUCCAGAACUGAAAUUCCUGGUGAUAAUAAAAAGACUUGAAGAGUCUGCUGACCUUACAGCAAUAAAUGUCAGACUUGCCAGCCAUGAGGUUGACAUGUAUGUUUCAAAUGGACUCGUCCAGUUGAAGAUUAAUGGUGUUAAAGUCCCAAAAGAUGUUCCAUACACAUCUAAUUCUGAUGCAAGCAUGCUGAUCAGCAGUGAAAAGGAAGGUCUCUCACUAAAAGCCCCAGAUUAUGGCAUAGAUAAACUAUACUAUGAUGGACACAGACUCCAGAUCCAGGUUCCUCUCUGGAUGGCUGGAAAAACAUGUGGUAUUUGUGGAAAAUACGACGCUGAGAAGGAAAGGGAAUAUCAAACGCCCAGUGGAUAUGUAGCUAAAGAUGCAGUGAGUUUUGGUCAGUCCUGGAUCAUCUCAGAAGAUUCCUGUGCUGGAGCUUGUAAGCUGCAGCGCAAAUUUGUCAAAAUUGAGAGGUCGGUCGCAUUUGAGAAGAAGGCAGUAAAAUGCUUCUCCGUGGAGCCAGUUCUACAUUGCGCUGAGGGCUGCUCACCAACCGACACUGUUUCUGUCUCCGUGGGCUUCCGCUGUGUACCCGCGGACUCCGCUGUCGACCCGGAAGGGCAGAUGAGGCUGGACCAGAAAUCGGAGGACGUUGUGAGCGCAGUCGCUGCGCACACGGCGUGUUCCUGCCCGCGGCGGCCGUGCCCCGCCUGA